UUCAUUUCUUUAGGCUUUAAAAAAAAAAAAGCACUCAAUUUAGUCAAUCUGAAUCCUUCCCGUGUCCACGCGCUAUGUUUGGAUACCCAACAUUCCCACGCUCCUCCUCGGAGUUUCUGAGAGACUCCCUGACGUCUCCCGACGUCAUGACAUCGCCGUUAAACUUCCCAUUAUGUCCGCUAAAUCAACUCACAGUGGCCGAGUCAUACGACUUGGUAAGCGAGGCGAUUCACAGCAGCGGCAGCAGCAGCAGCAGCAGCAGUAGCGGGAGUUACAACUCGCCGAGUUCGCAAUUGAGUUGCUGCACCCAGAAACAGGGUUUCUUGCAGAGGAGCGUCAGUAGCCAUUCCCUUCAAAACAAAGGGUUUCCUUGUUACUUUACCUCAAGCCUUAGCGAGUUUGUUGACUCUGGUUCCGGUCCGGUUAGGAGAGCUUUUAGCACCGGUGAUUUGGAGCAGGGGCGGCAGAGUGGCGGUCGGCGGUCGGAGAGUCCAUUGUCGACUGAGAGCAGUGCGAAUGACAUAAUUGAAGGAAUGAACAGAACGUACCGCUACAGUCCUGAGGAAAAGAAAGAAAGGAUUGAAAGAUACCGAUCCAAAAGAAACCUGAGGAACUUCACCAAGAAAAUCAAGUAUACAUGUAGGAAAACAUUGGCAGACAGCAGGCCAAGAAUCCGAGGACGGUUUGCAAGGAAUGAAGAAAUUGAAAAGGAUGUUGCUCAAGUUGAAUGGAGCCACCACAUCCACAUUGGUGGACAUCAUGAAGAAGAUGAUGAUGAGAAUUGGGUCAAUUUUCUGGAUUCACUCUCUGCAAAUCUUAUUAAUCCUUAAUUGUUUUAAAAAGGAUCAUCAGUUGAUCCUGAUUUCUUCUAUAUAUUUUAGUGUGGAAAAUUUUAGAACUUUUUCUUCUUUUGCUUUAUAUAUAUAUUUGAUGCAAUAUUAGAAGUCUUUUUCAGCUUCAAAUAGGUGUUUGUAAAUAUGAUUGAUCACAUUAUUUAUUGUAUGGAAUUCCAAGGCUUAUCCAA